UUUCUCUCGGCCUCUGGUUGGAUCUAAAUUUCCCACUGAAGGAUGUCAACGCGUCAUCUGUGGUUCGGGGCCCGCCUCUGUGGGCAUUCCACGGCCUACUGGCUGCGUCCGAGACCGCAACAGGUGAUUGUGGCAGCCAUGAGCUCCUCGAAGGGAUGGAGACCUGCUGCCGAUAUCAAGCACAGCCUGCCACGGAAUGCGGCAAGUAAAACUAAGCGAAGAUCGAAGAGAACUGCGGCCGCGGCGAGUGAAGAUCCGGCCAAAGAUCAGCCGCCGGCUGGAAGGAAGAUCCACAAGAAGAUUCAUCGGACGACGCUCGGGCCGCCCACGAGAAACCUCGCGAGUUUGCCGAGCUCUGGGUUUCUGGCGCCACUUCCCAGCCAUUUUGGUGGACUGAUUGCAUAUUUCUCGAGCCAUUCGGGAGGAGAGGGAGACGUUCCUCCUCCUUCUGAUGCUCCACCGACGAGACCAAGAAGAGGGUCCAUUGCAAGGGGAUUUCCAGUGACUCCGGGUGUACGAGCGGAGGCUAGGCCGCCGAAGGCUCCACGAUUUUCCCCCUCUGGACUGCCGUCUGUGCCAUCGAUUGAGCCGGAAGCACCUAGAGAGGCGCCUGCCACCGAGUUAUCAGAGGAGUCACCAUCGAACCCGGAGGGGACUCAACCUGCAGCACCAGCAGAACAGUCUACAGCAGAUCCAGAGACAGGAGAUGCCCCCCAGCCUUCCGAAGCCCCAUCCAGCCCAUCCGGAGAUCCUCCUACUCCGGAAACUGCCGCAAAACCAUCUGCAGACCCGCCUACAUUGAACCUCUACGGGCUGGAAGUGGAUAUAUAUCCAGACUUAAGACCUGCCUCGGAGGAGUCGCCGAAAGUCGACUCUCCAGGAGGGGAAUCCCCGAGAAAAGGAGCUCCAGAUACUCCAAAGGCCAGAGAAAACCCAAAACCGCCGCUUUUCUCGGGAGUCAAGCCACCCCCCAAAGGAACACGAACGUACUGUUCACCGCCGAAAAAACCAAAGGGCCCCUAUUCUGCACCCGAACCAACCCCAAAAGGUCCUUUAUUCCCGCCCAAGAGAGCCAAAGCUGCGCCAACGGAAAAGUCUGCUUCGAAGGCGAAGGGUGCAUGCACUCCUGCCCCUGCUGCUCCGAAAAAGGAGGCCAAGGCGGCAGGACCUCCGCAAACGUGCUCCAAGCCAGCAGCCGCUGGAAGCCCCGAAGAGCCUAAAGGCACUGGAGGUCCGGGAAAGCCACCAGCUGCUGGGGGUCCUGCCAAGCCACCAGCCGCCGGAGGUCCUGGAAAGCCACCAGCCGCCGGAGGUCCUGCAAAGCCACCAGCCUCUGGAGGUCCUGGAAAGCCACCAGCUGCUGGAGGUCCUGGCAAACCACCAGCCCCAGGAAGUCCUGGAAAGCCACCAGCCGCAGGAGGUCCUGCAAUGCCACCAGCCGCAGGAGGUCCUGCAAAGCCACCAGCUGCCGGAGGUCCUGGCAAACCACCAGCCACCGGAGCUCCCGGAAAGCCACCGGCCCCAGGAGGUCCUGGCAAACCACCAGCCGCCGGAGGUCCGGGCAAACCACCAGCCGCCGGAGGAUCAGGGAAGAACGAAGGCGCCGGCGCCGGCGGCACAAAGACACCUCCUCCCCCAACGGGAAAGGGCUCGAAGGGGCCACGCCUCAUCACGCUGAUGCCUGGCGAUGGCAUUGGCCCGGAGAUCUCUAUGGCCGUCCUCGAAGUGCUCGAUGCGAUGAAGGCGCCGCUGAUCUUCGAGCCCGUGGACGUGACGCCGGUGAUGAAUAGCAGGGGCCAGACGACGAUACCCGACGCGGUGAUUGAGAGCAUGAACCGCACGAAGGUGGGCCUCAAGGGACCCCUGAUGACGCCCGUGGGGACGGGCUUCCGCUCCCUGAACCUGACCCUGCGGCAGCUGUUCAAUCUGUACGCGAACAUCCGGCCGUGCAAGUCGCUGCCGGGUGUGGAGACGGUGUACGGCGACGUGGAUGUGGUGACCAUUCGGGAGAACACCGAGGGCGAGUACUCCGGCCUGGAGCACACCCUCGUCAACGGGGUGGUGCAGAGCAUCAAGCUGAUCACGCGCAGCGCCUCCAUGCGGGUCGCCGAGUACUGCUUUAAGUAUGCAAUCGAGAUGAAGCGGAAGCAGAUCACGGCCGUGCACGAAAUCAACAGCAUGCGGAUGUCGGACGGACUGUUCAUCCGCUGCAUGCGGGACACGGCCAAGAAGUACGAGAAGGAAAUGACUGCAGCGGGCGUCAAGUACGAGGAGGUGACCCUCAAGACCGUCUGCCUGAAGAUUGUCGAGGACCCCAAGCGGUUCGAUGUCCUCAUCCUGCCGAAUCUCUACGGCGACAUCAUCUCCGACACCUGUGCGGGCCUCAUCGGGGGCCUGGGCCUGACGCCGUCCGGCAAUAUUGGCACCUCUGGGGCAAUCUUUGAGUCUGUCCACGGCACGGCACCGGACAUUGCCGGCAAGGAUCUGGCCAAUCCCACGGCCCUUCUGCUGUCGACGGUGAUGCUGCUGCACUACGUGGAUCUGCCCACGUAUGCGGACGCCAUCGAGAAGGCGAUCGUGAAGACCGUCAAGGACGACAACGUGCGGACCAUCGAUCUGGGUGGCAAGGCCAAGUGUUCGGAGUACACCCAAGCGUUGAUUAAGAAUCUCAAGUGAUCCUGCUGAUCCUUCCAGGUUUUAACAAAUUUUAAUUAAAAUUAUUGAAUGA